AGAGAUGCAAAAAUCCGAAACCAGAACUUCCUCUACAAGAAUUGCCUCCAGUUGAGCCACUCCCCCUUUGCUCCACCCACAGAGUCUCUAUGAUCACAGCUAGCAGUCCUCAUGACUUUUACGUGCAGCUGUCUACAGAUUCUAAUGAUAUGAGAUUAGCUGAUAUUUCAGCAAAAAUAAAAGAAAUCAUAUCACUCCCCAGGGGGUCUUCAAAUUUUCAAAUUGGGUCACUUGUGAUUGCUCCGUACGAAGACGAAUAUUUUAGAGCAAAAAUUCUGAGUAGGGUCAAAGGAGGUUUCAGGGUUCUAUUCCUUGAUUACGGUAAUGUUUGUGUGGUACCAAAGAAGUCCCUCUAUCCUCUUGAUGAUGUGGCGUUGCUCAACGAACCACCAGCUGCUCUUCACUGCCGUCUUGUUGACGUCAUAUGGACCAACGGGUACCUCUCAUGGCCUGAAGAGGUGUCUGAGUUUUUCCAUAAGAUGACUACUGAUAUUGGCAAGGACCUACUCAUGACGAUAGUACCAGUGUCUACUCCAAAUGAGGAUAGUUCCAUUAUUUCUGUAGCACUGAGGGACAACAGUAUGAGUCUGAUAGGACCUAUCUUCCAUUAA